AUGACGAGCUUCAUUAUUUCAGACCGCGAACUUGACCACAUCAAAGGUCAAGUCGUUAUCAUUACUGGUGCGUCAUCUGGUAUUGGCCUCGCAACACUUCGAAGGAUCAUCAAACAUGGUGGCAAGGUCUUCGCCAGCGACUUGAAUCCACUCCCAGAGCCAGAGGCUUCUUCAGUGCCGUUCAGGAAGGCCAAUGUCACGUCAUGGAAAGAUCAAGUUGAGCUGUUCAAAGCUGCUGAGAAAGAGUUUGGCACGAUCGACCAUGUAUUCGCCAACGCGGGAAUCCAACCAGUGACCUCACUGAUGGAAGAGGACGUGGAUGAAAACGGCGAUCUUCUACCACCGAAACUCGACACGCUCAACGUCAAUCUAACUGGGUGUAUAUACACGGUCAAGCUAGGCAUCUUCUACUUGAAGAAGAAUCCCAAGGGUGGCAGCAUCGUUGUGACAGCCUCGGCAUCGAGCUUCAGUCGUUUGCCAGCAACAGACUAUACGGCCGCGAAACACGGCGUUCUUGGCCUCGUACGCGCCCUCUACGGUCGCUUGUACCCCAAACUCCCCAUUCGGAUCAAUGCCAUUGCGCCAUCGUGGACCGACACGGGCAUCGUCCCGCGCGAUUUCCUCGCUCAACUAGGCGAAGGCAACUACCAGUCGGCCGAUGUGGUUGGCCGCUCCGUCACAGUUUUGAUGGCUGACCCGCAGCGUCAUGGAGAGAUGAUCUAUAGUGACAAGGGCAAGUACACAGAUUUGGAGAAUGGAGAAAAUGGGUACCAUGCAUUGACUCUGAAGAUGUUGAAUGUGGAGCAGGAUGGGGAUUUCCUCGAGAUGGGUGCCUUUAAGGGACUAAUGAAGGAGAAGGAGGAGGCGGUGAAAGUUGGGUAG